AUGUCCCUCAGCAAAGAACUGGCUCAAAGAUCCCUCGCUCGAUCAGACUACAUCUACGGCACCACCCUCCAUCCCCAUGAAUACGAGCGGUAUCUACACGAGUUGUAUUACGCCCUGACCCAUCAUCCCACUGCUCUUACCACGAGAUUGGCCCCUAACCAGCUGCUCCAGAUGUUCUUCAACUCGUUUAGGAUCACCAUGGACAGAAACAUCCGGGUCAUGAGAACGUUCUUCAUCGAUAUCUUCCCCUCGCCCUUCAUUCAAUACAGUAUCCACGACAUGGUAAGGGCGGUAGGAUGGGCUGUGGAAUCGUUCCGGAAAGAUCCCAGAACCCAUCUACACGCUCUCCAAGUCAUCCAGUACCACGAGGCAGAUCUGGCUUCACUCAUCGGCGUGCGCCCUGUGCUGUAUCCGGUACCCGAACGAAGUCCGGAAGUUGUGUAUCAACCGGAGGAACAGGGAGUUGACAUUUUGGUGGGAAAUCCAUCGGAGGAGUAUUUGGAUCACCUGCUUCAGAACGACGGAGACGUUCAGGAGUUGGAGAUUCUACUUAGAUGUGCCAGCUUGGACAGUUAA